AUGCCCGCUUCAGCAGCCUCCGCAUUCAACCCCCGCCAGCGCCUCUCCAUCUUCACAAACUCGACUCUCGGUCACGAUGUCAGCGCAGCUUUCAAGGCAUCAUCAAGCCUGAGCUCCCGCUCCAUGGAGGUCAACGAGACCCCCGCACCACCGCCAUCGCCCGUCGACUUCAGCUUCCCCAGCACACCAGCCGACAGCCGGAGGGGUAGCUCAGGCUCGAACUAG